AGCCGAAAGUUCACUGCUCACCUUUUUCAACUUCGUCAUUUUCCAUUGAACAUAAAUGGAAAACCAUGAGGUUGAAAAAGGUGAACAUUGAACUUUCUGAUACAUGUAGCAAUCUUGACUAACUGUGGGUGUGUCACCAGUCUGUGCAUGUGUGUCUCCUGCCUGUGUGUGUUUUGUGUUUGUUUUCUGUGCUUCCCUGCUGACACAUGCGUUCCAGGACCACUUGAUGGUAUUCACCCAGACUAAGAAGCAGGCCCACCGGAUGCACAUCCUCCUGGGCCUGAUGGGGCUAAAGGUGGGGGAGCUGCACGGGAACCUGUCCCAGACCCAAAAGACUGAAGAGCCCCAGGUGAUCAACUUCACCAUGCCCAACACAAUGAAGCACUACAUUCACAGGGUUGGCCGCACAGCCAGAACCUGCAGGGUGGGUCGCUCUGUGUCCAUGGUGGGCGAGACAGAGAGGAAGAUGCUCAAGGCAAUUGUCAGGAAGGCCAAGACCCCUGUGAAUUCCCGUGUCCUGGCACAAGAGGUGAUUUCAAAGUUCCGAGAGCUGAUUGAGAAGCUGGAGAAGGACGUGUACGCCGUCAGGCGCCUGGAGAGAGAGGAGAGGGCCAUGGCCUAUUCGGAGGCUCAGGUAAAAAGCAGCAUAUUGUGUGUAUUCAAAUACAUGGUAGUGUGUUCCUGUGUUCAUAUGUGUGUAUGUGUAUUUUGUGUGUGUGUGUGCGCAUGUGUCAUUCAAAUCAGUGUGGCACAGAAGCAGCUAGCAUAAAACGCAGACGAGACAGACCUCCAGAGGACAUGGUUCCAAAUGCACGACGAGCGCAAGAAAGACCGCAGGGAGUACCGCAGACCAACACUUACUAUAGGCCUGCCAACCUUCCUACCAUGUUCCUCGCUGCUACUAGAUGGCAUCUUCAUAUCACAACAUCCUGCCCUUUCGAUGUUAUAUACACAGUACAUGCAGAGCAUUUCCAUGGGCAGCAUAACUCAUCUCACUGCAACCAAUGCCAACGACCUCGACUACAGCUCAACUAAAACAGGCCCUUGACUAAGACCCAGCUAGGGUCAGCACUUUGUUGGUCUCUCUUGUAUGUACAUUGAAAUGAGCCUUUUGAGGCUUAACUGUCUGUGUGCAGAUGUAUCUGUUUACUUUGAGCUGUGUAUGAGCACCUUGUAAAGCCCAAAGGCAGCAAAAAUCUCUAUCUGCAUAAUUCAUGAUUUAACUUUAUUUCACCUUUGUUUCUGCCAGUGACCAAAGCUCUAGCGGACUUUGACAUGGCCCUAAGGGGAAAGAAGAGCGAGAAGUUCAUCAUAGAGGGGAAAAGGAAAGAGUUAUCGGUACGAGUGCUCAUAUUAGUUCUCUGUUUGACUGGUACCAUAUGUUUUUUUCCUAGAUUUUUCUGUCAUUUUGUUCUGUAUAAUUCAAAUUAAUGUUAACAGAAUUCCCCAUCAACAGUGUUUCCACUCAGAAAUCUUUUACUUAUUCAUUUACACACUUUAGAGCAUUGAAACCAUUACAUUUGACUAAUAAUUUGCCAUUUAUGUCCUCUGUACACUAGAUAUGGUAUUGAACUAAUUAUAAACUGGUAAGGGAUGCAACAGUUGAAAGUCCAACUCAGGCUAGCCAGCUCAAAUCUCCAAGCGAUCAGUUCUGUCAUAUAACUAAAUUACAUUUAUGUUUACUUAGCAAUCUUAGAGUAUCCUGUAGUUAUCCGGGUAUACAUCAGUCCAUAUUGUAAGGAGCCUUGUCCGAGCCAGAAUGGCCCAUAUGGUAGGAGCCUAUUCUCUGUCUGUAGCGCAAGGCAGCUUGAUGUACAAGUACACUUCCUGGAUAGGAUGCUACUCUAUCUGAGCGUUAUUACUUUCACUAUGCAGUUGGAGCUAGAUAACCUUUUCUUCCCUAGUUGUCUCCACUGAAAUUCAAUUUGCUAGAGUGACAUUUAUUGUAUUGUGCACGGCUCUCUAUAAUUUUCGUAUAACAUACAACUACAUAAACAUUGUAAAGCAAAGCAGACGCGUGUGUAUAUACAUCAUCUUUGGGUCACGUACUUUUUCAGUUAGCUGUGUAUCUUGUCCAAUCACCG